AUGCAGAGCUUUCAGAGCUUCUCCUUAAAAUCUUCAACCUUCUCGCCUCAGACUUUCUCAGUUAUCCGCAAGAUGAAAAUGCUUCAGUUAUCAACAGCUCCUGUAGUUUCCGUCCUCAAAAACGAUUUAAUCUCAAAUGUCUUGGAACAUUUUUGUGAUUUUUCUAACAUCAAAAUCCGUUGGAACCAGCUUAUCUCCAAGUUGCUUGAUAGAAGAUGGAGACUAGCCAAGCCUGAUGCAGAAAUUCAUCAAAUAAUAUUUAAGAAUCACAACAGAGAAGCCCCUGAAAAUACUUCAUUUUUUAAUAAUGUCAAUCCUUGUUUGGCUGGUAGCAAAGUAGACUAUGAUCAUAGACCGUCCUUCUAUGUGGUGAGGGAUGAUCUUUUGCACCCACUCGUCAAUGGAAAUAAGGCUAGAAAACUGGAUGCAUUGUUUCCUCUGAUAGAAGAUCAUGCAGUGACUGAUAUGGUUACAUGUGGAGGUUGUCAAAGUGCACAUGCAGCAGCAGUUGCUGUUUCAUGUUCGGAGAGAGGAGUAAAGCCACAUUUGCUUCUCAGAGGAGAACAACCUGAAAUCCCUACCGGCUACAACCUCAUAUCAAUGCUAUAUGGAAAUGUCAUUUAUGUCCCUAGGUCUGAGUAUGCCAAGAGAUUGGAAAUGUUGUUGAAACACGCCAAUUUGAUAGCCGGCACUAAUGGUCAUGUUAAUUGGCUAAGUGAUUUAUGUGAGGAAACUUUUCUACCUGUAACAGGUGAAGUUCAGCACCAUGAUGAAUGCUCAAAGAAAGUUGUCAUUGUCAAUGAAGGGGCUGGAGAGGUGCUAGCAUUGCUAGGUGUUAUUCGGCUUGUAGACUAUUUGUCUCGGGAUAAUGUAUUUGGGAAGAAAGAAAAACUAAAAAUUGUUGUAGAUGCGGGUACUGGGACAACUGCUGUUGGUUUAGCUCUUGGAGUAAUAUGUUUAGGGCUUCCAUGGGAGGUCACCGCUGUAAUGUUAGCCGAUACACUUGAUGGAUAUCGAAAACAAGAGAAGAAGCUAAUAUUUGAUUUUCAAAGAUCCUUUCCAUCUCCAUUUGUUGAUGAAUUGUUGAACACAACAAAUGGGGAAAUUGUUCAAUGGAUAGAGCGCAACCGCCCAAGAAAAUUUGGGAAGGUUUUAGAAGGAGAAGUGAAGAAAUGCCAAGAAAUUGCUAAAGAAACAGGCAUUCUGGUUGAUCCAAUAUAUACUCUGUCAGCAUGGGAGGUUGCAACUAGUCUUUGUUUGGACACAAAAGUUGCAAUGCUUCACACUGGGGGCACACUUGGUAUGUUUGGCCUUGCACAAAGGUACAGGUCUUCUUUCACAUGUUGAAAUCUUAAUAUGUAUUUUUCAUCAAUUUUGAAAUUAAUGUUAGUAAAUUCAUUAUUUCUAAAAAA